AUGAAUAGUCUAGCAACGGCAACAAGGAAUCAGUUCAUAUCUCAGCAUUUUGCAAAUAUACCUGAAACCCAGACACAAGUUCCAAUACUAUUUUAUGUUAUACACAUCCAUAAUAUCAGUAAAUCGCGUCUAAAUCAGCUAGAUCAAUGGAAAGAAUAUGAAGAUCCUAAUAGUGUAUCAGUGGAUAGAGUCAGUAAAUCUAAAGGGAAAUCUAAAAGAGGCUCGAAUAAGGUUAUCACUCUGGUAGAGAUGGAUAGUGAAAAUGGCACUACAAACCUUAAUGCUAAUACUGGGUGGUCAUCGAAUGAUGUAUAUAAGUUAGUUUUGAAAGAUAACUUUGACAACUACUGCUAUGCUUAUGAAUAUGAUGACAAGCUAUCCUUUAUAAGAACAAAUAACAAUUCGGAAAUCCCACUUUCGAUUCCGUUAGGAGGUAGAUUGAUUGUGAAUAAGGGGACUACCAUAAUGAAUGGUAUGCUUAUGUUGAAGAAUAUAAAUUGUCAAUAUUUGGGAAUUGAUGAACGUGAUACGCGUUUAUUUCAAACAUUGAAUAGCAAUUUGGUUGGAAAGUACAUUUCUGUUUUAAAAAAUGAGCUAAAGCUACCUGAAAAGACUUAA